GAGGGAGAGAGAGAAGAGGCACAGAAUGCAGUCGAAUCGCCGUUCGAUUCUUUUCUUGCGUCUGCUGCUGCUGCUGCUGUUGGUGGCCUGGUCGCCGGCCUCAUGGUGGGGGGGAAGAGGGUGGGGCGCCACUGCGGUGGGCGUCAACUGGGGGACAUCCUCCUCCGCCUCCCACCCUCUCCCGCCGUCCGUGGUCGUGCCGGGGCUCCUCCAGGCCAACAGAGUCUCCCGGGUGAAGCUCCCCGACGCCGACCCUUCCGUGCUCGCCAGCCUCGCUGGCUCGGGCAUCGCCGUGGCUAUCGGCGUCCCCAACGAGAUGCUCCGGUCCCUCAGCUCCUCCAAGUCCGCCGCCGUCAGCUGGGUCCACGACAACGUCACCCGCUACGUCUCCAGCACUGGCGGCGGCAGUGUUCGAAUCGAGUUUAUUGCUGUUGGUGAUGAAGCAUUCCUCCUCAGUUAUGGUCAAACAUUCCAGCCCCAUGUAGUUGGUGCAGCAACAAACAUUCAGCGAGCCCUGACUGCUGCAAAUUUAGCAAACACGGUAAAAGUCAUUGUUCCUUGCAGUUCUGAUGUAUACCAAUCUGAGUCUAACCUACCUUCGAAGGGUCACUUUAGGCCUGAUCUCAACAAGACUAUGAUUGAGCUCCUCUCUUUUCUUGACAAGCAUGGUUCACCCUUUGUGGUUGACAUCAAUCCUUUCUUGACCUUUCAACAAAAGAAGAACCUUUCCCUGGAUUUUGUUCUCUUCCAGACAAAUUCUCAUGCAUUAUCCGAUGGACCAAACAAGUAUAGAAACCACUUUGAUAUGAGCAUCGACACAUUGGUUUCAGCUUUGUCAAAGGUUGGGUAUGCUGAAAUGGAUAUAAUUGUCGGGAAGAUAGGAUGGCCUACGGAUGGUGCAAUGAAUGCCACACCUGCUGUUGCCCAGAUCUUCAUGCAAGGCCUCGUUGACCACCUGCAGAGCAAAGCUGGUACUCCACUUAGACCAAAGAGACCACCAAGAGAGACAUAUAUCUUCAGUCUACUAGAUGAAGAUCAACGGAGCAUUAAGACUGGGAAUUAUGAAAGACACUGGGGCAUUUUCACAUUUGACGGUCAGGCAAAAUACAAUGUGGACCUUGGCCAAGGCUCAAAAGCUCUGGCAAGUGCUCAUGAUGUGGACUACCUGGCGCAAAAGUGGUGUGUAGUGAAUAACAACAAGGACAUAUCAAAUGUUUCCGGCAGUGCAUCAGAAGCCUGUUCCGCUGCUGAUUGCUCUGCUUUGUCUCCUGGUGGCUCUUGCUCUGGGAUCGGCUGGCCCGGAAAUGUGUCAUAUGCUUUCAACAACUAUUUUCAGCUUCAUGAUCAGAGUGCGGAUAGUUGUGAUUUUGGCGGCCUGGGAUUGAUAACAACUGUGGACCCAUCAGUAGGUGAUUGCCGGUACACUAUUGCACUCCGCACAUCAUUUUCUACGUCUAUUCAUCAAACGCUGGUUGCACGGUGGAGCAUGAUGAUUCAAGGUGGCACCUUUUUUGCUUUCUUGCUCUUAUUUGUUUGGUGUUGAUCUGCUUACUUUGUGGUAGUUUUGUAUAAGACAAACUAGAAUUUUGCACUAAAACUUCCAGAGGAUGUCUAAGCACUUCAUGAGUUCAAUCC